AUGGACGAGUCACCUGCUGAGGACCAAAGACUAGAUUUUCUAAAAGAAUACGUGCUAAGGACUCUCAAUGUCAAACUUGACCGCUGGCAAAAAUGUCUGUCAUGCGAAGAGAACUUGCAGAUUUUGCUGGACUUCCUGGACAAAUCACAGCAGGAUACGUUGGUGGUGUGCAUGACCCCGACAGGACUGCUGAAACCAAGUGCUACCUUCACAUUUCACUCUAAAAGCAAAGCGGUGUACUUUUUAAAGCGACGCAAAACAACAUUGAGUCCCGAUCACAUGGAGGAUAACUUGGUCUGUGGGGACUUGUCCUACAAGACACUUGAUCAGUUUUCUUUGCUGAUUGAGGAGGUUGUGGCACCACUGCUCUCCAACAGCAAGAACCACACUGAAUGGCCUCAGGUGGUGUCCCAAGAUGUCAUAAACCUCAUCCACUUCAUUAAGAGCAACAUGUUAGUAAUGUCCGGAAAAGUCCAAGGCAAGACGUUGCUGCCCUAUUGUGCUGGUUUUGAGAGCAUGGAGCAAUCUGCCUUGGAAGCUGACUACAGGGGAGAAAAGAGCAUCAUUCACUCCUUGGAGUCAACAGUGAUUGAGUGGAGCCAUCAGAUACGGGCAAUGCUGAUAAAAGACUCUGCUGAGGCUUUGUUUGAAGGCAAAAACCCAACACCACACACAGAGCUGCUCUUCUGGAAGAACAGAUAUGCUGAUUUGGAAUGCAUUUACUCACAGUUAACAUCGCACAAAGGGAACAAAAUGGAGACACUGCUCGAUGCUGUCGAGAGUAGCUAUUCCCCUGCUUUUCAAAACAUUCGACGGGAAGUCUCGGCAGCUUUGGAGGAGGCAACGGAUAUCUGCAUCUUCUUGACGCCACUGCAGCACUUGUUUGAGGACAUAGAGAAUAAAGAUUUUUCCGAUAUCAAAAGUCUGCUCGGCCCCAUGAUGCACACAGUAUGUCUAGUGUGGGCCAACUCUGGACACUACAACACUCCAGCACGACUAAUUGUUCUACUGCAAAAGAUCUGCAACCUUCUUAUACAGCAGGCUAUGGGUUAUUUGGCACCGGAUGAACUUCUCAAAGGAGAGCUUUCGGAAAGUCUUCUGAAGGUGAAAACAUGCUUAGAGAUUUUGGAGCUCUUCAGGAGCAUCUUUGAGGAAAGACGGGCCAAUCUGGGCCAGUACCAACACAAUGGGAGCUUGGUGAAGCCUUGGGAUUUUCCCCCCAAUUUGGUCUUUUUUAGACUUGAUUGUUUUGUCAACAGAGUCAAGUCCAUUGAGGACAUACUUCAGACAGCAGUGGACUUCUUGAAGCUUGAGAAACUGGAGAUUGGAGGUAUUCGAGGUCGAGCACUAAGCCAACAGCUCCAGCUACUCCACCAAGUGUUUUUCGAUCAUUUCAAGAUUUUAACAGACAAGCCUUAUGAUUGCUUAGACCUCAACAACAAAGAGUUUGAGAAAGAUGUGUGGGACUUCCAAUUGAUCGUGGAUGACACCGAAAGGCGACUAGGAGCCAUUCUCUGUCAGGCCUUGGACGAUGCUUCGGGAUUGGAGCAAGCCUUCAAGGUGCUGGAUAUGUUUGGGGGUUUGCUGGAGCGUCCUUUAGUAUCACAAGAUGUUUUAGACAGAUACCCUCGCUUAGUAAGCAUGUUUGACAAGGAUCUGGACAGCUGCAAACUGCUUUACCAUGAACAUAUCAUCGCAAAUGAGCUGGGUUCUGCUCCAGUAAAUAGGAAUAUGCCAGCAGUAGCUGGAGGGCUGAGAUGGGCGCAAGAGCUGCAGCAGCGGAUUCAGACGCCCUUCUUCAAAUUCAGACAACUUUCUUACCCGUGCCUGGAUUCUGCACACGGAGUUUGGGUCAUCCAGAAGUAUGAAGAGCUGAUGCAACUGACUGACAGAUACUAUGCCACCCUCUACGAGACAUGGACAAGGACUGUUGACAGUAAUUGUCAACACAACCUCAGUCUGCCCUUAAUCUUCAGAGAUAAAUCCACGCGUUUGAUCUCUGUCAACUUCAGCACACAGCUCUCAUCCGUACUGAGGGAAGUCAAGUACCUUGAGGGCAGUCAGAGGGAAGUUAUUCCUGAAACUGCAAUGCAGAUUUAUUCUACCAGAUGGCAGUUGUGGCAGUUGGUGGGAAGUCUGGAUGUCAUGACAGGACGAUAUAAUAGGGUGAUUCAAUCUGUGCUCAAUGUGGAGAAUCCGCUAGUUGGGAGGCAGCUAGAGGAUAUUGACACCCAGCUACAAAAAGCUGAAGAGAGCCUGAGCUGGAACAGCCAAGGUAUUUGGCAGUAUAUUCAAGAGUUGCGGGAUUCUGUAUGUGACCUGGAGAGUCGACUCCAAAGGACCAAAGACAAUGUGGAGGAGAUUCAGAACUGUAUCAAGUCCUGGGAAACCCCGUUAUAUGACAGGAAGGAUAGGAAAAAAGACACUUUGCUGAGUCUGGAUGAUCGGGUCGAAAGGCUGGAACGUUUUUAUUGUAUGAUAAGAUCAUCAGGAGAGAAAAUUCAUUUCCUGGUAAAGAGGAAUCUGGAGCUUUUUAUGUCAGAACCAUCUUCAGAUGAGUGGAAAUCAUAUGUGGAAUACAUUGAUGAUAUGGUUAUCGAUGGAUUCUAUAACUGCAUAGAGUGUUCACUCAAGUUUUUCCUGGACAACACAGAAAAUAACGAUGAUACAGUACCCCUCUUUGAGACCCAAUUGUAUCUCAAAGUUCCUGAUUUGGUGUUUGUACCAUCGUUGGAGGUUGGAGAAAGGCAAAAUUUGUUUGAGCUCCUUGAGAGUCUCAUCAAUGACAUUUUCAGAGUCUCCUCACUUGUGCCACGCCUCUCCCAGCACAGUUCCUUUCCUCACUACCAGGCCGAAAUGGAAGGCAUGACUGACUUGGCAGAUAUGCGUGUUCUCAUCAUGGAACGCGUGAAAAGCGUCAUGACGACUUGCUGCGUAUUCCGCAAUUCAUUGGAAUGCUAUAGAUAUCUCUAUGUAGACGACAGAAAGGAAUUCCUGCACCAUUUCCUACGAUAUAGCAGUGUUUUGACCAGCCAGGAGGUGGCGACUCAAUCUGAAGAGAGGCCACCAACACUGGAUGAUUUUAAACAGCAAGUGGAUAGAUAUGAGAAGCUCUAUGAUGAGGUGCAGAGUCUAGAGCCAGUGCAUGUAUUCCACCGUUGGAUGAUUGUAAACGGCCGCAGCAUGAAGAUUGCCCUGCUCAAUAUCAUCAAGAAAUGGAGUUUCAUGUUCAAGCAACACCUUAUUGACCACGUAACUAACAGUUUAUCAGAUCUUGAGAAUUUCAUCAUCAUCACUGAGACCGGCCUGGACCAACAAGUAAAGGAAGGCGACUACGAAACCCUGGUAGACGUUAUGGGCCACCUGCUGUCUGUCAAGGACAGACAACACACGACAGAUCUAAUAUUUGAACCACUACAACAAAGCAUUGCCCUGCUAAAGGAGUAUGAACAGGAACUCCCUGAUGCUGUACACAAGCAGUUCGAAGAGUUGCCAGAAAAGUGGAACAACAUUAAAAAGAAGGCUACGCUCGUCAAACAGCAGGUGGCACCUCUGCAGGCCAUUGAAGUGGCGAGUUUGCGAAGAAAGUGCGCUUCGUUUGAAGUGGAGCAACACACCUUCAGGGAGCAUUUUCGCAACAAUGGACCCUUCAGAUCUGAAGCCAAGACUCCUCACCAGAUGUUGGACACUUUCCACUGGCAGAUCCAAAAACAAGAGGAAGUGAUGGCCUCCCUAGUGGAGUCUGCCAACCUGUUUGAGGUGAACGUCCCUGAAUACAAACAGCUCCGUCAAUGCAGGCGUGAGGUAGGCCUGCUGAAAGGGCUGUGGGACAUGAUCACUGUAGUGGAAUCCAGCAUGGCAGCAUGGAAAAUGACUCCCUGGAGGGAGAUUCAUGUGGAGGACAUGGAGCUGGAGUGCAAAUGCUUCUCAAAAGAUAUUCGAGGGCUGGAUAAGGAGAUAAGAGCAUGGGAGCCCUUCACAUUUUUGGACAACAAGGUAAAGAAUCUCCUCAUUUCCCUGCGGGCAGUGGCAGAGCUCCAGAAUCCGGCCAUACGAGUGAGACACUGGCAUCAAUUAAUGUCCGCUACUGGCGUUUAUUUCACCAUGGACCAGGAAACGGCUCUCGCUGACCUGCUGAAACUGAACCUACACUGUUUUGAAGAGGAGGUGAGAGGGAUUGUAGACAAGGCUGUUAAGGAAAUGGCAAUGGAAAAAGUUCUCUCGGAGCUCAACUCUACAUGGACAGGUAUGCAGUUCCAGUAUGAGCCCCACUAUCGUACCCAAAUCCCACUGGUCCGUUUGGAUGAGGAGCUUAUCGAGACGCUGGAAGACAACCAGGUCCAGCUGCAGAACCUUAUUUCUUCGAAGUAUAUCGCCCAUUUCUUGGAUGAAGUCUCAUCUUGGCAAAGUAAGCUGUCUGUGGCCGAUUCUGUCAUCUCCAUCUGGUUCGAGGUGCAACGGACAUGGACCCACCUGGAGAGCAUCUUCAUUGGCUCUCAGGACAUUCGCACACAGCUGCCUCAGGACUCUAAGUGCUUCGAAGGUAUUGAUGCCGAUUUCAAAGAGUUGGCUAACUCAUUCCAUCAAACGCCCAACGUUAUAGAGGCCACCAAUAAAUCUGGUCUGUUCAACAAACUGGAGAACAUCCAGUGCAGGCUAUCCCUGUGUGAAAAGGCUUUGGCAGAGUAUCUGGACAUCAAGCGGCUGGCCUUCCCUCGCUUUUACUUCAUCUCUUCAGCUGAUCUCUUAGACAUUCUUUCUAACGGGACCAACCCACACCAGGUCCAGAGGCAUCUUUCCAAGCUGUUUGACAACAUGGCUAAAAUGCAGUUCCAACCAGAUGGAAAUGGAAAACUUUCUAAGACCGGCAUGGGCAUGUAUAGCAAAGAAGAGGAGUAUGUGCCUUUUAAUCAGUCUUGUGACUGCUCUGGACAGGUGGAAGUCUGGUUGAACCAAGUUCUGAACACCAUGCGUGCCACUGUUCGUCAUGAGAUGACCGAGUCAGUGAGCACCUAUGAAGAUAAACCCAGGGAGCAAUGGUUGCUUGAUUAUCCAGCUCAGGUGGCACUUACCUGCACUCAGAUCUGGUGGACAUCUGAUGUGGGAAUGGCUUUCGCCCGUCUGGAAGAAGGCUAUGAUAGCGCUCUAAAGGACUACCAUAAGAAACAGGUGUCUCAGCUUAACACCCUCAUUUCCAUGCUGAUUGGCCAGCUUUCACCUGGAGAUCGGCAGAAGGUCAUGACCAUCUGCACGAUCGAUGUCCAUGCCAGAGAUGUUGUUGCCAAGAUGAUUGCGCAGAAGGUGGAUAAUUCCCAAGCAUUUGUGUGGCUUUCACAACUGAGACACCGUUGGGAUGAGAAAGAGCGGCAUUGUUUUGCAAAUAUCUGUGAUGCACAGUUCUGCUACUCCUAUGAGUAUCUGGGUAACACACCACGGCUCGUCAUCACACCUCUCACAGACAGAUGUUACAUCACCCUAACUCAGUCCCUGCACCUGACCAUGAGUGGCGCGCCGGCAGGGCCCGCAGGGACGGGUAAAACGGAGACAACCAAAGACUUGGGGCGAGCACUCGGCAUCAUGGUCUAUGUAUUUAACUGCUCUGAGCAGAUGGACUACAAGUCCUGUGGAAACAUCUACAAAGGUCUGGCUCAGACAGGCACAUGGGGCUGCUUUGACGAAUUUAACAGAAUCUCAGUAGAGGUGCUGUCUGUGGUGGCUGUACAGGUCAAAAGUAUUCAAGAUGCCAUCCGAGAUAAAAAGCUGAGGUUUAAUUUCAUGGGCGAAGACAUAAACCUUUCCCCUACUGUGGGCAUCUUCAUCACGAUGAAUCCAGGCUAUGCUGGGAGGACUGAGCUUCCUGAGAACCUAAAGGCUCUUUUCAGACCGUGUGCCAUGGUGGUGCCUGAUUUUGAGCUGAUUUGUGAAAUUAUGUUGGUGGCUGAGGGAUUCAUUGAUGCCCGGGCCCUUGCGAAGAAAUUUAUCACGCUCUACACAUUAUGCAAAGAACUUCUUUCAAAACAGGACCACUACGACUGGGGCCUCCGUGCCAUCAAGUCUGUACUAGUGGUUGCUGGCGCUCUAAAGAGAGGUGAUACCAGCCAAGCUGAGGACCAAGUAUUAAUGAGAGCCCUGAGAGAUUUCAACAUCCCCAAAAUUGUGACCGACGACAUGCCAGUGUUCAUGGGGCUGAUAAGCGACCUCUUCCCUGCUCUGAAUGCGCCCAGGAAAAGAGACAUGGACUUCGAGAAGCGUGUGAAGGAAUCCAUUCUUGACUUGAAGUUGCAAGCCGAGGACAAUUUUGUGCUCAAGGUGGUACAGUUAGAAGAGCUUUUGGCUGUGCGUCACUCAGUGUUUGUGAUUGGAAAUGCUGGUACUGGAAAGAGCCAGGUGCUGAGAUCGCUCCAAAAAACCUACCAGAACACAAAACGUCGACCUGUGUGGAUGGAUCUUAACCCAAAAGCUGUAACUAACGAUGAGCUCUUUGGCAUCAUCAAUCCAUCAACAAGGGAGUGGAAAGAUGGUCUGUUCUCUUGUAUAAUGCGCGAUUUGUCCAACAUUAGUCACAGUGGGCCUAAAUGGAUAGUACUGGAUGGAGACAUUGACCCAAUGUGGAUUGAGUCACUCAACACAGUCAUGGAUGACAACAAGGUUCUGACCCUGGCCAGUAAUGAACGAAUCCCCCUGAACUCAACAAUGAGACUAUUAUUUGAGAUCAGCCAUCUUCAGACCGCUACACCUGCGACGGUGUCUAGAGCAGGAAUCCUGUACAUAAACCCAACAGACCUAGGCUGGAACUCUUGGGUGUCCAGCUGGACUGACAGGAGAGAGGUGCAAUCCGAGAAAGCCAACCUGACUAUUCUCUUUGACAAGUACCUCCCUUCCUGCUUGGAUGCCCUGAGAUUGAGGUUCAAAAAGCUCAUCCCUAUACCUGAGCAGAGCAUGGUGCAGACGCUUUGCUAUUUGCUCGAAUGUCUGCUGACACCAGAAAAUGUACCACUUGACUCUGCGAAGGAACUUUAUGAGCUUUAUUUUGUUUUUGCGGCUGUCUGGGCCUUCGGGGGAGCCUUGUUCCAGGACCAGAUGGUUGACUACAGAGUGGAGUUCAGCAAAUGGUGGGUGGCAGAGUUCAAAACCAUCAAGUUCCCAUCCCAAGACACGGUGUUUGAUUACUACGUUGACGCGGAGAGCAAAAAGUUUGAACCCUGGUCCAAAAUGGUGCCCGUGUUUCAAAUGGAUGCAAACACCCCGAUUCAGGCCUGUCUAGUUCACACAACAGAGACCAUCCGUGUCCGUUUCUUCAUGGACUGCCUGCUGGAACACCGUCGGCCCCUCAUGCUCGUUGGGAAUGCUGGCACUGGGAAGUCCGUCUUGAUCGGGGAUAAACUUGCAUUGCUAGACCCAGACAAAUAUGUGGUUGCAAAUGUUCCUUUCAACUACUACACCACAUCUGCGAUGUUGCAAGCUGUGUUGGAAAAGCCUCUUGAGAAAAAGGCAGGACGCAACUACGGUCCCCCUGGCAAGAAAAGGCUGAUUUACUUCAUAGAUGACUUGAAUAUGCCUGAGGUGGAUGCAUAUGGCACAGUUCAACCUCACACACUAAUACGUCAACAUAUGGACUACAACCACUGGUAUGACCGCAAUAAGCUACUUCUGAAGGAAAUUCAACAUGUUCAAUAUGUAUCCUGUAUGAACCCCACAGCUGGAAGCUUUACCAUCAAUCCAAGGCUGCAGCGACACUUCUCUGUCUUAGCCCUGUCAUUCCCUGGAGACGACGCCCUCACAACUAUAUACAGUUCAAUUUUGUCGCAGCACUUGCAGAAUGAUGCUUUCACUGCCGCCGUACGGAAUAGCUGUCCCACACUCGUCCAGUUAUCGCUGGAUCUCCAUCUGCGGGUUGCCUCUACCUUACUUCCCACUGCAGUCAAGUUCCACUACAUCUUCAAUCUGCGAGACCUUUCCAAUAUCUUCCAGGGCAUUCUCUUCAGUACUGGUGAGUGUCUGAAAACCCCUCUGGACUUGUUGAAAAUCUACCUGCACGAGUCCAAUCGUGUCUACAGAGACAAGCUUAUUGAGGAGAAGGACUUCCAGGUCUUUGAUAAGCUGCAGGCGGACGCAGUGAAAAAGUUCUUUGAGGACAUGGCAGGGAGUCUGGAAAAGACCCAGAAGAUGAACCUGUACUGCCAUUUUGCCCACGGCCUUGGGGAGGCCAGGUACAUGGCUGUGGAAUCCUGGAGCAGCCUCAGUAAAAACCUGCUGGAGGUACUGGACAGCUACAACGAGGUCAACACCACACUCAACCUGGUGCUGUUUGAGGAUGCCAUGGCUCACAUCUGCCGUAUAAAUCGAAUCCUUGAGUCUCCACGGGGUAACGCACUGCUGGUCGGAGUAGGCGGGAGUGGCAAGCAGAGUCUGACCCGACUGGCUGCUUUCAUCUCUAAUCUGGAGGUUUUCCAAAUCACCUUGAAAAAGGGUUACGGUAUCACAGACCUCAAAAGUGACCUGGCUUCGCUCUACAUCAAAGCUGGCGUGAAGAAUAUUGGCACAGUGCUCUUAAUGACUGAUGCCCAAGUGGCAGACGAGAGGUUUCUCGUUCUGGUCAACGAUCUGUUGGCAUCGGGAGAGAUUCCCGACCUGAUCCCCGACGAUGAGGUGGAGAACAUCAUCAGCAGUGUGAGACCAGAGGUACGCAGCUCAGGAUUGAUGGAUACAAGAGAAAACUGCUGGAAGUUCUUCAUCGACCGGGUUCGCAGACAGCUCAAGGUGGCUUUGUGUUUUUCACCAGUAGGCAGUAAACUGAGAGUUCGUAGCAGGAAGUUCCCUGCUGUGGUCAACUGCACGUCUAUCGACUGGUUCCAUGAAUGGCCGCAGGCGGCACUGGAAUCGGUCAGCCUCAGGUUCCUGCAAGAAGUGGACAACAUUGAACCACAAGUGAAGGAGUCUGUCAGUAAAUUCAUGGCGUACGUCCACAUUAGUGUCAAUCAGACCUCCAGGGAGUACAUGGCCAAUGAGCGGCGCUACAACUACACAACACCAAAGUCUUUCCUGGAGCAGAUCAAACUGUAUCGAUGCCUGCUGGGCCAGAUGAGUAAAGACUUAAGCAGCAAAAUGGAGCGGCUGGAAAAUGGACUACAGAGGCUAAACAGCACCACUGCGCAGGUUGAUGACCUCAAGGCCAAGCUCGCGGCUCAAGAAGUAGAGCUAAAGCAGAAGAACGAGGACGCUGACAAGCUGAUCCAGGUGGUUGGAGUCGAAACUGAGAAAGUGUCCAAGGAGAAAGCGGUGGCUGACGAUGAAGAGACAAAAGUGGCAGCCAUGGCCGUUGUGGUCCGCGGCAAGCAAAAAGAAUGUGAAGAGGACUUGGCCGAGGCUGAACCUGCUCUUAUCGCCGCACAGGACGCUCUUAACACUCUCAAUAAAAACAACCUGACAGAGUUAAAGUCAUUUGGCUCUCCAGUGGCAGCGGUUACCAAUGUCACAGCGGCCGUCAUGGUCUUAAUGUCGCCCGGCGGCAAAGUCCCAAAGGAUCGUAGUUGGAAAGCCGCAAAGGUGAUGAUGGCGAAAGUGGACGCGUUCCUGGAUUCCCUUAUUCGUUUCAAAAAGGAAAACAUUCCAGAAGCUUGUCUAAAAGCUAUUCAGCCUUACUUGCAGGAUCCAGAGUUCCAGCCUGAACUCGUUGCCUCAAAGUCGAGCGCGGCAGCGGGCCUUUGCUCCUGGGUUUUGAACAUAGUCAAGUUCUACAGAGUAUACUGCGAGGUAGAGCCCAAACGCCAGGCUUUGAAUAAAGCCAACGCAGAGCUGGCUUCUGCUCAAGGGAAGCUUGCCACCAUCAAAAACAAGAUCAAUCACCUUAAUGAGAACCUGGCCAAGCUUACAGCAAAGUUUGAGAAAGCCACCGCGGACAAACUGAAGUGCCAACAGGAAGCAGAAUCGACUGCACACACCAUUUCCCUGGCAAACCGCCUGGUGGGAGGUCUUGCGUCAGAGAAUGUACGCUGGGCGGACGCUAUUGAAAGUUUCAGACAACAGCAAAGGACGCUGUGUGGAGAUGUUCUCCUUAUCACUGCUUUCAUCUCGUACCUAGGGUACUUCCCCAAAAGCUAUAGGUUACAAUUGAUGGCUGAAAGCUGGAGGCCUUAUUUUAGUCAGCUUACGGUUCCCAUCCCAGUCACAUCUGGCUUGGACCCUUUAACCAUGCUUACUGAUGAUGCUGACAUUGCCGCCUGGCAGAAUGAGGGACUACCCGCUGACAGGAUGUCCACUGAGAAUGCCACAAUUCUUACCAACUGUCAGCGCUGGCCCCUCAUGGUGGACCCUCAGCUACAAGGCAUCAAGUGGAUUAAGACCAAAUACGGUGAACAUCUGCAUGUCAUUCGCAUUGGACAGAGAGGGUACCUGGAUGUCAUUGAAAGAGCACUGGCACAGGGUGACGUGGUUCUGAUCGAGAAUUUAGAAGAAAACUUAGAUCCUGUUCUUGGACCUCUACUGGGAAGAGAGACUAUUAAGAAGGGCAGGUAUAUAAAGAUUGGCGACAAGGAGUGCGAAUACAACCCAGGCUUCCGCCUCAUUCUGCACACCAAACUCGCCAGUCCUCAUUACCAGCCGGAGCUGCAAGCUCAGUGCACUUUGAUAAAUUUCACGGUGACAAGAGAUGGGCUGGAGGACCAAUUGCUGGCAGCUGUGGUUAGCAUGGAGAGACCUGAUCUGGAGGAGCUAAAGUCCGACCUGACAAAACAGCAAAACGGUUUCAAAAUCACCCUGAAGACGCUGGAGGACGACCUCCUAACACGCUUGUCCGCAGCUUCGGGGAACUUCCUGGGUGACACUGUGCUUGUGGAAAACCUGGAGACGACUAAACGCACUGCUGCCGACAUUUUGGAAAAAGUAAAAGAAUCUAAAGUGACAGAAGGCAAAAUCAAUGAGGCUCGGGAGCACUACAGACCUGCAGCAGCACGGGCUUCGUUAUUAUACUUCAUAAUGAACGACCUCAAUAAAAUCCAUCCCAUGUACCAGUUCUCUCUCAAGGCUUUUAGUGUGGUCUUCCAGAAGGCAGUUGUGAAGGCUGAACCCAACGAUGAUCUGAAGCAGCGGGUGUCCAACUUAAUUGACAACAUCACUUCUUCAGUCUUCCAGUACACCACCAGAGGCCUGUUUGAGUGUGACAAACUCACAUACAUAGCUCUGCUUGCCUUCCAGAUUCUUUUAAUGAACAAAGAAAUAAACCCUGCUGAGUUGGAUUUCCUUCUGAGGUACCCUGUCCAACCUGCUGAAAUAUCACCAGUGGAGUUUCUGUCUAAUCACUCUUGGGGAGGGAUUAAGUCACUUUCCUCAAUGGAUGAGUUCAGGAACCUCGAUCGAGACAUCGAAGGCUCGGCCAAACGCUGGAAGAAGUUCGUGGAGUCGGAGUCUCCAGAAAAGGAGAAAUUCCCACAAGAGUGGAAGAACAAAACCUCUCUCCAGAGGUUGUGUAUAAUGAGAGCUCUGAGGCCCGACCGCAUGACAUAUGCUGUCAGAGACUUUGUUGAGGAGAAACUAGGGAGCAAGUACGUGAUUGGCAGAUCUCUGGACUUCGCAGUGUCCUUUGAAGAGACAGGUCCGACGACGCCUAUGUUCUUCAUCCUCUCUCCUGGAGUUGAUCCUUUGAAGGAUGUGGAGAAACACGGGAAGAAGCUUGGGUUCACAUUUGACAACAAGAACUUCCACAGUUUGUCUCUGGGUCAAGGACAGGAGGUCAUGGCUGAACAAGUUCUCGACUUGGCAGCUAAGCGUGGCCAUUGGGUCAUAUUGCAGAAUAUCCACUUGGUAGCUCGCUGGCUGUGCACUUUGGAAAAAAUUCUGGAGCAGCAAACGGAGGAACGCCAUGAGGACUUCCGGGUUUUUUUCAGUGCUGAGCCUUCCUCUACCCUUGAGGGGCACAUCAUUCCACAAGGGAUCCUGGAGAACUCUAUCAAGAUAACAAAUGAGCCACCAACGGGUAUGCAUGCCAACUUGCACAAGGCUCUGGACAACUUCAACCAGGACACGCUGGAAAUGUGCUCACGAGAGAAUGAGUUUAAGAGCAUCCUCUUUGCGCUCUGCUACUUCCAUGCUGUUGUUGCAGAGAGGAGGAAGUUUGGUCCUCAAGGAUGGAACAGAUCAUACCCUUUUAAUACUGGAGAUCUCACUAUUUCAAUCAAUGUCCUCUUCAAUUACCUGGAGGCUAAUCCCAAGGUGCCCUACGAUGAUCUACGCUACCUUUUUGGUGAAAUCAUGUAUGGGGGUCACAUCACUGAUAACUGGGAUCGCCAUCUUUGCGGGACUUACCUAGAGGAGUUCAUUAAACCUGAAAUGAUGGAAGGAGAUCUUUGUCUAGCACCGGGUUUCCCUAUGCCUGGAAAUAUGGACUACAACGGCUAUCACCAGUAUAUUGAUGACACGCUACCUGCCGAGUCGCCCUAUCUGUAUGGCCUUCAUCCCAAUGCUGAGAUUGGCUUUCUCACACAAACCUCUGAAAAGCUUUUCCGCACUAUACUGGAGAUGCAGCCCAGGGAUGGAGAAGUCACCGAGGGGGGAGGGAUGACACGAGAGGAAAAGGUGCGUACAGUGCUGGAGGAGAUCAUUGAGAAGCUCCCGGAGGAGUUCAACAUGGCGGAACUGCUCGGGAAGGCCGAGGAGAGGACUCCGUACCAAGUGGUGGCGUUGCAAGAGUGUGAGCGCAUGAAUCUUCUCACCCAAGAAAUCAGACGUUCCCUCAAUGAACUCAGUUUGGGUCUCAAGGGGGAACUAACCAUGACAUAUGACAUGGAGAACCUCCAGAAUGCUAUUUUCCUGGACAUGGUACCAGAGACUUGGACCAAGCGUGCUUACCCCUCCAUGUCUGGCCUGACUCUGUGGUUUACUGACCUGCUGGCACGGAUCAGAGAGCUUGAAAUCUGGACGACUGACUUUGUCUUGCCAUGCGCAGUGUGGCUUACUGGCUUCUUCAACCCUCAGUCCUUCCUCACCGCUAUAAUGCAAGCCAUGGCUCGCAGGAAUGAGUGGCCUUUGGAUAGCAUGAGUCUGCAAUGUGAUGUCACCAAGAAGAACCGUGAGGACUUAACGUCUCCACCUCGAGAAGGGGCUUAUAUUCACGGGCUAUACAUGGAAGGUGCCCGCUGGGAUACACAGACCGGCUUGAUUGUGGACGCCCGCCUGAAAGAGCUCACUCCCAUCAUGCCAGUCAUCUUCAUCAGAGCCAUUCCCGUGGACAAGCGGGAGAGCAGGAACAUGUACCAGUGUCCGGUUUACAAGACCCCCCAAAGGGGACCCACGUAUGUGUGGACCUUUAACCUGAAAACCAAAGAAAAGCCAUCCAAGUGGACCUUGGCUGGAGUUGCUUUGCUUUUGCAGAUCUAA